AUGUCGCCCGCCGCGCCCGCCCGCCUGGCGCUGGCCCUGGGCCUGGGCCUGUGGCUCGGGGCGCUGGCGGGGGACCCCGGGCGCGGCUGCGGGCCGUGCACGCCCCCCUGUCUCUGCGGCCCGGCGCCCGGCGCCGCCUGCCGCGUCAACUGCUCGGGCCGCGGGCUGCGGACGCUCGGGCCCGAGCUGCGCAUCCCCGCGGGCGCCACCGCGCUAGACAUCUCCCAUAACCUGCUCCGGGCGCUGGACGUCAGGCUCCUGACAAACCUCUCAGGGCUGUUGGAGCUGGACAUAAGCAACAACAAGAUUUCUACUUUAGAAGAAGGAGUAUUUGCUAAUUUAUUUAAUUUAAGUGAAAUAAACCUGAGUGGGAACCCGUUUGAGUGUGACUGCAGUCUGGCGUGGCUGCCGCACUGGGUGGAGGAGCAGCAGGUUCACGUGGUGCAGCCUGAGGCAGCCACAUGUGCUGGGCCUGAGCCCCUGGCUGGCCAGCCCGUCUUUGGUGUCCCUGUGCUGGAUGGCAGCUGUGGUGAGGAGUAUGUCGCCUGCCUCCCUGACAACAGCUCGGGUGCUGUGGCAACAGUGGCCUUUUCAGCUGCCCACGAGGGCCCACUGGCACCUGAGGUCUGCAGCGCCUUCUGCUUUGCAGCUGGCCAGGGCCUUGCGGCCCUCUCGGAGCAGCAUGGGUGCCUAUGUGGGGCAGCCCGGCCUCCCAACGCCUCCAAGGCCUGUCUGUCCUUCUGCUCCAGCCCCCUGCCCCCCGGCCCCGCCUGUGGGGGCCCCACCCUCCUCCAGCAUGUCUUCCCUGCCUCCCCGGGGGCCACCCUGGUGGGGCCCCAUGGACCCCUGGCCUCUGGCCAGCCAGCAGCCUUCCAUGUCACUGCCCCCCUACCCAUCAGCUCCACACGCUGGGACUUUGGUGACGGCUCCCCUGAGGUGCAUGUUGCUGGUGCUGCUGCCACUCAUCGCUUUGUGCUACCUGGGCACUAUUUUGUGACAGUCAUGCUGGCCCUGGGGACUGGCUCAGUUCCUCUGGGGACAGAGGUGCAGGUGGAGGCGGCACCUGCUGCCCUGAAGCUCAUGUGCCCAUCCUCUGUGGCUUGUGAUGAGAGCCUUGAACUCAGUGUCUGGAAUCGUGGAGGCUCAGGCCUGAAGGCCACCUACAGCAUCAUGGCCCUGGACGAUGGGCCAGCCCAAGUGGUGCACCCACUCUGCUCCUCGGACACGGAGAUCUUCCCUGGCAACGGGCACUGCUACCGGCUGGUGGCAGAGAAGGUGGCCUGGCUGCAGGCACAGGAGCAGUGCCAGGCCUGGGCUGGGGCUGCCCUGGCUAUGGUGGACAGUCCUGCCGUCCAGCGCUUCCUGGUCUCCCGAGUUACCAGGAGCCUCGACGUGUGGAUCGGCUUCUCAGCUGUGGCAGGGGUACAAGUGGGCCCAGCACCCCAGGGCGAAGGCUUCAACCUAGAGAGCUGCCAGAACUGGCUGCCCGGGGAGCCGCACCCGGCCACGGCUGAACACUGCGUGCGACUCGGGCCCGCUGGCCAGUGCAACACAGACCUGUGUUCAGCACCGCACAGCUAUGUCUGCGAGCUGCGGCCCAGAGGCCGUGUGUCGGAUGCCGACAACUUCCUCGUGGGAGUGUCCAGUGGGGACCUGUCUGGACCCCCAAGUCCCCUGGAGCAGCAGGAAGUGCUCUUGGACCCACAGGGACCUGUGGAGGUCGUGGUGUUCCCUGGCCUGAGCCUGAGCCGAGAAGCCUUCCUUACCAGAGCUGAGUUUGGGACACAGGAGCUCACGCGGCCCGCCCAGCUGCGCCUGCAGGUGUACCGGCCUGUGGGAGGAGCAGGGGUCCCGGAAAACAGCAGUGAGCCUGAGAGUGGAUUCCUGGACAACAAGACCAAGCUGGCCUCCGAGUGCACACCAGAGGGACACAGGUGUCCUGGAGCCAAUGUCUGCGUGCCACUGGAUGCCUCCUGCCACCCUCAGGCCUGUGCCAACAGCUCCACAUCAGAGCCCUGGCUCUCCGGGGCCACCUAUACACUGUGGAGGGAAUUCCUCUUCUCUGUGCCUGCAGGACCCCCCACGCAGUACUCGGUCACCCUCCAUGGCCAGGACAUCCCCAUGCUCCCUGGUGACCUCGUUGGCUUGCAGCAUGACGCUGGGCCACAUGCCCUCCUGCACUGCCCCCUGGCACCCAGCCACCCUGGCCCCAAGGCCCUGUACCUCUCCACCAAUGCCUUGGCCUGGCUGCCCUACCUGCCUGCCCAGCUGGAAGGGGCUCAGGCCGGCCCUGCCUGUGCCCUGCGGCUGCUCGCAGCCACGGAUCAGGUCACUCCCCUGCUGGGCCUCAACCCUGGGCUGCAGCAUCCUGGGCGCUAUGAGGUCCGGGCAUCAGUGGGCAACAGCGUGUUCAGGCACAAUCUGUCCUGCAGCUUUGUCGUGGUCUCCCCCGUGGCUGGGCUGCGUGUCAUCCACCCUGUCCCCCAUGAUGGCCGCCUCUAUGUGCGGACCAACAGCUCAACCUUGGUGCUCCAGGUGGACUCUGGCCCCAACACCACGGCCACAGCUCGCUGGCCUGGGGGCAAUGUCAGCGCCCCCUUUGAGGCUGCCUGCCCUACCAUGGUGGCCACUCUUGCACCCAGCUGCACCCGGGAGACCAACGACACCCUGUUCUCAGUGCUGGCACUGCCUGGGCUCAGCGAGGGGGAGCACACGGUGGAGGUGGUGGCGGAGAACAGCGCCAGCCGGGCCAACCUCAGCCUGCGGGUGAUGGCUGAGGAGCCCAUCCUCGGCCUCCGCGCCACACCCAGCCCCGAAGCCCGUGUGCUGCAGGGCGUCCUGGUGAGGUACAGCCCUGUGGUGGAAGCUGGUUCAGACGUGGCCUUCCGGUGGACCAUCGAUGACAAGCAGUCGCUGACCUUCCACAACGUCGUCUUCAACGUCAUCUACCAGAGUGCUGCCGUUUUCAAGCUCUCGCUGACUGCCUCCAACCACGUGAGCAACGUCACCGUGAACUACAACGUGACUGUGGAGCGUAUGAACAGGAUGCGAGGCCUGCGGGUCUCCGCGGUGCCGGCUGUGCUGCCCCCCAACGCCUCGCUGGCACUGACGGCCGGCGUGCUAGUGGACUCUGCUGUGGAGGUGGCCUUCACGUGGACUUUCGGGGAUGGGGAGCAGGUGUUUGGCCAGUUCAAGCCUCCGUACAAUGAGUCCUUCCAGGUCCCAGACCCCACAGUGGCCCAGGUGCUGGUGGAGCACGAGGCCACGCACACCUACGCUGCCCCAGGUGAGUACAACCUGACCCUGAUCGUGUCUAACGCCUUCGAGAACUUGACGCAGCAGAUGCCUGUGAGCGUGCGCACAGCCCUGCCCACCGUGGCCGUGGGCAUGAGUAGCAGUGUCCUGGUGGCCGGCUGGCCUGUCACCUUCUCCCCACACCCGCUGCCCUCGCCUGGUGGCGUCCUAUACACGUGGGACUUUGGGGACGGCUCCCUCGUCCUGACACAGAACCAGCCGGAGAUCAACCACACCUACUCCUCGAGGGGCACCUACCGCGUCCGCCUGGAGAUCAACAAUACAGUGAGCAGCAUGGCAGCGUGCACUGAUGUCCAUGUCUUCGAGGAGCUCCGCGGCCUGAGUGUGCACCUGAGCCCAGAUGUGGAGCAGGGCGCCCCCGUGGUGGUCAGUGCCACUGUGGAGACGGGUGACAACAUCACCUGGACCUUCGACAUGGGGGAUGGCACAGUGCUCGAAGGUCCUGAAGCUAUGGUGGAACACGUGUACCUGCGGGCGCAGAACUACACGGUGGCUGUGGCUGCAGCCAGCCCUGCCGGCUGCCUGGCUCAGAGCCUGCAGGUGCGGGUCUUCGUCUUGGAGGUGCUGCGCAUCGAACCCGCCACCUGCAUCCCCACUCAGCCCGACGCACAGCUGACAGCCCACGUCACUGGGGACCCUGCUCACUACCUCUUUGACUGGACCUUUGGGGAUGGCUCAUCUAACACGACCGUCUCAGGGCGCCCGACAGUGACACACAACUUCACUUGGAGUGGCACAUUCUCUCUGGUGCUGGUUCUGUCGAGCCAUGUGAACAAGGCACAUUACUUCACCAGCAUCUGUGUGGAGCCCGAGGUGGGCAAUGUUACCCUGCAGCCCGAGAGGCAGUUUGUACAACUUGGGGAGAAGGCCUGGCUGGUGGCGCAUGCCUGGCCCCCAUUUUCCUACUGCUAUGUCUGGGACUUUGGCACUGAGGUCACAACCCCCACCCGUGCAGGGGACCGUGAAGCAACUUUCAUCUACCCUAACCCGGGCUCCUACCUGGUGACGGUCACCGCAUCCAACAAUGUCUCUGCCGCCAACGACUCAGCUUUUGUGGAGGUGCAGGAGCCCGUGGUGGUCACGGGCAUCAGGGUCAAUGGCUCCCACGUGCUGGAGCUGCAGCAGCCCUACCUGUUCUCUGCCACAGGCUCUGGGCGCCCCGCCACCUACUUGUGGGAGCUGGGGGACGGCAGGGAGCUUGAGGGCCCUGAGGUCACCCACACCUACAGCAUCACAGGUGACUUCACCAUCAGGGUGGCCGGCUGGAACGAGGUGAGCCAUAGCGAGGCCCGGCUCAACAUCACGGUAAAGCGGCGCGUGCGGGGCCUCAGUGUCAAUGCCAGCCGCACGGUGGUGCCACUGAAUGGCAGCGUGAGCUUCAGCACCUCGUUGGAGGCGGGCAGCGGUGUGCGCUACUUCUGGGUGCUCUGCGACCGCUGCACGCCCAUCCCUGGGGGCCCCACCAUCUCCUACACUUUCCGCUCAGUGGGCACCUUCAACAUCAUUGUUACGGCUGAGAAUGAGGUGGGCGCUGCCCAGGACAGCAUCUUCAUCUAUGUCCUGCAGCUCAUCGAGGGGCUGCAGGUGGCGGGAGGUGGUGGUGGCUGCUGUUUCCCCACUAACCACACGCUGCAGCUACAGGCCAUGGUCAGAGAUGGCACCAACAUCUCCUACAGCUGGACUGCCCAGCGGGAUGGUGGCCCAGCCCUUGCGGGCAGUGGCAAGGGCUUCUCGCUCACUGCACUUGAGGCUGGUACCUUCCACGUUCAGCUGAGGGCCACCAACAUGCUGGGCAGUGCCUUGGCCAACCGCACAGUGGACUUUGUGGAGCCUGUGGGAUGGCUGACCGUGGCUGCCUCCCCCAACCCUGUUGCCAUCAAUGCAAGUGUCACCCUCAGGGCUGAGCUGGCAGGUGGCAGUGGUGUCAUUUAUACUUGGUCCCUGGAGGAAGGGCUGAGCUGGGAGACCCCUGAGCCGUCCACCACCCACACCUUUCUCAUACCCGGCCUAUACCUGGUCACAGUUGUGGCUGGGAACCAGCUGGGCUCAGCCAAUGCCACCAUCGAGGUAGCCGUACAGGAGACUGUGAGUGGCCUCAGCAUCAGGGCAGGCAAGCCAGACAGCAGCUUUGUGGCAGCCGGCUCCACGGUGCCCUUCUGGGGACAGCUGGCCACAGGCACCAAUGUGAGCUGGUGCUGGCUGACACCGGGUGGCAGCAGGCAUGACCAGCACAUUGCUGUGGACUUCCCUGAUGUGGGCACCUUCUCUGUCCAACUCAAUGCCUCCAAUGCAGUCAGCUGGCUCACCGCCGUGCACAUCCUCACAGUGGAGGAGCCCAUCGCGGGCCUGGUUCUGAGGGCCAGCAGCAAGGUGGUGGCACCCAGGCAGGUGGUCCACUUCCAGAUCCUGCUUGCCACUGGCUCAGCAGUCACCUUCCGCCUGCAGGUGGGUGGGGCCCGCCCUGAGGUGCUCCCCGGGCCCCAUUUCUCUCACAGCUUCCCCUGGCUUGGAGACCAUGUGGUGAGCGUGCAGGCCGAGAACCAUGUGAGCCGGAUGCAGACGCAGGUGCGCAUCUCUGUGCUGGAGGCUGUUGGCGGACUGCAGGUGCCCAACUGCUGUGAGCCGGGCAUCGCCACGGGUACUGAGAAGAACUUCACGGCCCGGGUGCAGUGGGGCUCUCGCGUUGCCUAUGCCUGGUACUUCUCCUUGCAGAAAGUCCAGGGUGACUCGCUGGUCAUCCUGUCGGGCCGCGAUGUUACCUACACCCCUGUGGCCGCGGGGCUGCUGGAGAUCCACGUGCGUGCCUUCAACGAGCUGGGUGGUGUGAACCUCACGCUCGUGGUGGAAGUCCAGGACAUUAUCCAGUAUGUGGCGCUGCAAAGCGGCCGCUGCUUUACCAACCACUCCUCCCGGUUUGAGGCUGCUACAAGCCCCAGCCCCCGGCGUGUAGCCUACCAUUGGGACUUUGGGGACAGGACCCCAGUGCAGGACACAGAAGAGCCUUGGGCUGACCACUCCUACCUGCUGCCUGGGGACUACCACGUGGAGGUGAAUGCCUCCAACCUGGUGAGCUUCUUUGUGGCACAGGCCACAGUGACUGUCCAGGUGCUGGCCUGCAGGGAGCCCGAAGUGGACAUGGCCCUGCCCCUGCAGGUGCUGAUGCGGCGCUCCCAACGCAACUACCUGGAGGCCCAUGUCAACCUGCGUGACUGUGUCACCUACCAGACUGAGUAUCGCUGGGAGGUGUACCGCACCCCCAGCUGCCAGCGACCAGCGCACAUGGCACGAGUGGCCCUUCCUGGUGUGGAUGUAAGCCGGCCCCAGCUGGUGGUGCCGCGCAUGGCACUGCCUGUGGGCCACUACUGCUUUGUGUUUGUGGUGUCAUUUGGGGACACACCGUUGGCACAGAGCAUCCAGGCCAAUGUGACAGUGGCCCCUGAGCGCUUGGUGCCCAUCAUUGAUGGUGGUUCAUACCGGAUAUGGUCAGAUACACAGGACCUGGUGCUGAAUGGGAGCAAGUCCUAUGACCCCAACCUGGAAGAUGGCGACCAGACGCCACUCAGCUUCCACUGGGCCUGUGUGGCCUCAACACAGAGCAAGUCUGGUGGGUGUGUGCUGAACUUCGGUCCUCGAGGGAACAGCGUGGUCACCAUCCCCCGGGAGCGCCUGGAAGCUGGUGUGGAGUACACCUUCAACCUCACUGUGUGGAAGGCGGGCCGGAAGGAGGAGGCUACCAACCAGACGGUGCUUAUCCGGAGUGGCCGGGUGCCCAUCGUGUCUCUGGAAUGUGUGUCCUGCAAGGCGCAGGCGGUGUAUGAAGUGAGCCGCAGCUCCUACGUGUACCUGAAGGGUCGCUGCCACAACUGCAGCAGUGGCUCCAAGCGAGGGCACUGGGCCGCGCGCACUUUCAGCAACAAGACGCUUGUGCUAGAUGAGACGACCACAUCCACGGGCAGCGCGGGCAUGCGGCUGGUGGUGCGGCGGGGCGCGCUGAGGGACGGUGAGGGCUACACGUUCACGCUCACCGUGCUGGGUCGCUCGGGCGAGGAGGAGGGCUGCGCCUCCAUCAGCCUCUCCCCCAACCGCCCGCCACUUGGGGGCUCCUGCCACCUCUUCCCGCUGGACGCCGUGCGUGCCCUCACCACCAAGGUGCACUUUGAGUGCAUGGGCUGGCGCGACGCAGAGGACGCGAGCGCCCCGCUGGUGUAUGCCCUGCUGCUGCGGCGCUGUCGUCAGGGCUACUGUGAGGAGUUCUGCAUCUAUAAGGGUAGUCUCUCUGCCUACGGGGCCGUGCUGCCCCCUGGCUUCAGGCCGCACUUCGAGGUGGGCCUGGCCGUGGUUGUGCAGGACCAGCUGGGUGCGGCUGUGGUCGCCCUCAACAGGUCCCUGGCCAUUGCCCUGCCAGAGCCCAACGGCAGCCCCGUGGGCCUCACACUCUGGCUGCACAGCCUCACGGCCAGCGUGCUGCCCGGGCUGCUGCGCCAGGCUGACCCCCAGCACGUCAUCGAGUACUCUCUGGCCCUCGUCACCGUGCUCAACGAGUAUGAGCAGUCCCCAGAUGUGGCAGCAGAGCCUGACCAUGAGCGGCAGCUACGAGCCCAGGUGCGCAAGAACAUCACUGAGACCCUGGUUUCCCUGCGGGUCCACACCGUGGAUGACAUCCAGCAGAUCGCGGCAGCGCUGGCCCAGUGCACGGUGUCCAGCAGGGAGCUCGUGUGUCACUCAUGCCUGAAGAAGACACUGCACAAGCUGGAGGGUAUGAUGCGCAUUCUACAAGCUGAGACGACCGAGGGCACUGUCACACCCACAACCAUCGCUGACAGCAUCCUCAACAUCACAGGCGACCUCAUCCACCUGGCCAGCUCGGAUGUGCAGGGCCGGCAGCCCUCAGAGCUGGGGGCCGAGCCGCCCUCAGUGAUGGUGGCGUCCAAGGCCUACAACCUCUCGUCAGCCCUCAUGUGUAUCCUCAUGCGCUCCCGUGUGCUCAACGAGGAGCCCCUAACCCUGGCGGGCGAGGAGAUAGUGGCCCAGGGCAAGCGCUCGGACCCGCUGAGCCUGCUGUGCUACGGCAACACCUCCAGCCCUGGCUGCCACUUUUCCAUCCCUGAGGCCUUCAGCGGGGCCCUAUCCAACCUCAGCGAUGUGGUACAGCUCAUCUUCCUUGUUGACUCCAACCCGUUUCCCUUCGGCUACAUCAGCAACUACACCGUCUCUACCAAGGUGGCAUCCAUGGCCUUCCAGACGCAGGCCGGUGCCCAGAUCCCCAUCGAGCAGCUGGCCUCGGAGCAUGCCAUCACGGUGAAGGUGCCCAACAACUCAGACCAGGCAGCCCGGGGCCAAUACACUGCUGCCGGCUCUGCCAUCGUUCCCCCCCGAGCCUCAGUCAGCGCAGUGGUCACCUUGGACAGCAGCAACUCCAAGGCCGGGCUGCACCUGCAGCUCACGUACACGCUGCUAGACGAGCGCUACCUGUCUGAGGAGCCUGAGCCCUACCUGGCCGUCUACCUGCACUCAGUGCCCCAGCCCAACGAGCACAACUGCUCGGCCAGCAGGAGGAUCAGCCUGGAGGUGCUCACGGGCAAUGACCACCGGCCUUACACCUUCUUCAUCGCCCCAGGGACCAGAGACCCAGGGGGGAAUUACCACCUGAACCUGACCAGCCAUUUCCACUGGUCGGCGCUGGAGGUGUCCGUGGGCCUGUACACAUCGCUGUGUCAGUAUUUCAGCGAGGAGGAGAUGAUGUGGAGUACUGAGGGGCUCAUGCCCCUGGAGGAGACCUCGCCCAGCCAGGCCGUCUGCCUCACCCGCCACCUCACUGCCUUCGGGGCAAGCCUCUUUGUGCCCCCCAGCCAUGUCCACUUCAUCUUUCCCGAGCCAGCUACGGGCAUGAACUACAUCGUCCUGCUGACGUGUGCUGUGUGCCUGGUGACCUACGCGGUCAUGGCCGUGAUCCUGUGGAAGCUGGACCAGCUGGAUGUCAGCCGGGUCCGCGUCAUCCCUUUCUGUGGGAAGGGUGGCCGCUUCAAGUAUGAGAUCCUGGUCAAGACCGGUUGGGGCCGAGGCUCAGGUACCACGGCCCAUGUAGGCAUCAUGCUGUAUGGGGUGGACAGCCGGAGCGGCCACCGGCACCUGGACGGGGACAGAGCCUUCCACCGCAACAGCCUGGACGUCUUCCAGAUCGCCACCCCACGCAGCCUGGGCAGUGUGUGGAAAAUCCGAGUGUGGCAUGACAACAAAGGACUCAGCCCCGCCUGGUUCCUGCAGCAUGUCAUUGUCAGGGACCUGCAGAACGCCCGCAGCACCUUCUUCUUGGUCAACGACUGGCUGUCAGUGGAGACAGAGGCCAACGGGGGUCUGGUGGAGAAGGAGGUGCUGGCUGCAAGUGAUGUGGCCCUGUGGCAGUUCCGGCGCCUCCUUGUGGCUGAGCUGCAGCGUGGCUUCUUUGACAAGCACAUCUGGCUCUCCAUAUGGGACCGCCAGCCCCGCAGCCGCUUCACCCGCGUCCAGAGGGCCACCUGCUGUGUCCUCCUCUUCUGCCUCUUCCUAGGUGCCAAUGCCGUGUGGUACGGUGUUGUGGGAGAUACCACCUACAGCACCGGGCCUGUGUCCAGUCUGAUCCCACUGAGUGCUGACACAGUGGCCAUCGGCCUGGUAUCCAGUGUGGUUGUCUAUCCUGUCUACCUGGCCAUCCUGUUCCUCUUCCGGAUGUCCCGGAGCAAGGUGGCUGGGGGCCUGAGCCCCACCCCCGCAGGACAGCAGGUGCUGGACAUCGACAGCUACCUGGACUCCUCUGGACUGGACAGCUCCUUCCUCACACUCUCUGGCCUCCGUGCUGAGGCCUUCGCUGGACAAAUGAAAAGUGACUUGCUUCUGGAUGACUCUAAAAGCCUGGUGUGCUGGCCUUCCAGCGAAGGCACGCUCAGUUGGCCAGACCUGCUCAGUGACCCAUCCAUCGUGGGCAGCACCCUACAGCGGCUGGCACAGGGCCGGACAGGCUGCUUGCUGGGCCCAGAGGACGAUGGUCUCUCCCUGGUCAGCCCCUCCUCCCCUGCCAAACACUUUUCAGCGUCAGAUGAAGACCUGAUCCAGCAGGUACUGGCCCCCACCCAGGACACACAAAGAGAAACGGACCUGCUCACUGGCUUGUCCAGCACCCUUGGGGAGAAGACAGAGGCACUGAUGCUACAGAGGCUGGGGGAGAAGGGGCCACCGAGCUCGGGCCUGAUCUGGGAACAGCCCCAGGCAACAAGGGCCUCCAGGACAGGAUUGGUGAUGGAGGGUCUGCGGAAGCGACUGCUGCCCUCCUGGUGUGCCUCUCUGGCCCAUGGGCUCAGCCUGCUCCUGGUGGCUGUAGCUGUGGGGGUCUCCGGGUGGGUUGGGGCCAGCUUCCCCCCCAAUGUGAGCGUCAUGUGGCUCCUCUCGAGCAGCUGCAGCUUCCUGGUCUCCUUCCUUGGCUGGGAGCCGCUUAAGGUCCUUCUGGAAGCCCUCUACUUUUCACUGGUGGCCAAGCGGCUGCACCCGGAUGAAGAUGACACCCUGGUAGAGAGCCCAGCCGUGACGCCCGUGAGCGAGCGCGUGCCCCGCGUGAGGCCGCCGCAUGGCUUUGCCCUCUUCCUGGCGAAGGAGGAAGCCCGCAAGGUCAAGAGGCUGCACGGAAUGCUGCGGAGCCUCCUGGUGUACAUGCUUUUCCUACUGGUGACACUGCUGGCCAACUACGGGGACGCCUCAUGCCAUAGCCACGCCUAUCGUCUGCAGAGCGCCAUCAAGCAGGAGCUGGAUAGCCAGGCCUUCCUGGCCAUUACCCGAUCUGACGAGUUCUGGCCGUGGAUGUCCCAUGUGCUGCUCCCCUAUGUCUACGGGAACCAGUCCAGCCCAGAGCUGGGGCCCCUGCGGCUGCGGCAGGUGCGGCUACAGGAAGCACUCCACCCAGACCCUCCCGGCUCGGGGGUGCACACAUGCUCAGCUGCAGGCAGCUUCAGCACCAGCGACUAUGGCGUUGGUUGGGAGGGCAUGGCCCACAAUGGCUCCGGCUCCGAGACGUGGGCCUACUCUGCGCCCGACCUGCUGGGCGCCUGGUCCUGGGGCGACUGCGCCGUGUACGACAGCGGGGGCUACGUGCAGGAACUGGGCCUGAGCCUGGAGCAGAGCCGCGCACGGCUGGGUUUCCUGCAGCUGCACCACUGGCUGGACAACAGGAGCCGCGCCGUGUUCGUGGAGCUCACGCGCUACAGCCCUGCUGUGGGGCUGCACGCCGCCGUCACGCUGCGCCUCGAGUUCCCUGCGGCUGGCUGCGCCGCGCCCGCGCUCAGCGUGCGCCCGUUCGCGCUGAGGCGCCUCAGCGCGGGCCUCUCGCUGCCGCUGCUCACCGCGGUGUGCCUGCUGCUGUUCGCGCUGCAUUUUGCCGCGGCGGAGGUUCGUGCCUGGCGCAGGGAGGGGCGCGCGCGCGCUGCGCGGCCUGAGGCCUGGGCAAGGUGGCUGCUGGUGGCGCUGACGGCUGCUGCGGCGCUGGUGCGCCUGGCCCAGCUGGGCGCCGCCGACGUCCAGUGGAGCCGCUUCGUACACGGCCGCCCUCGGCGUUUCACCAGCUUCGAGCAGGUGGCGCAGUUGAGUGCGGUGGCCCGCGGCCUGGUGGCCUCGUUGCUCUUCUUGCUCUUGGUCAAGGCCGCCCAGCAGCUGCGCUUCGUGCGCCAAUGGUCCGUAUUCAGCAAGACGCUCUGCCGGGCUCUGCCGGAGCUUGUGGGGGCCACCUUGGGCUUGGUCGUGCUCGGCGUGGCGUAUGCCCAGCUGGCUGUUCUGGUCGUCUCCUCUUGGGCGGACUCCCUUUGGAGUGUGGCCCGGGCCCUCCUGAUGCUGUGCCCCAGGGCAGGGGCUCCCACCCUGUGCACAGCUGAGUCCUGGUCCUUGUCCCCGCUGCUGUGUGGGGGGCUCUGGGCCCUGCGGCUCUGGGGUGCCCUGAGGUUGGGGGCGAUUCUUCUCCGGUGGCGCUACCACACUCUACGAGGGGAGCUCUACCGCCCUGCCUGGGAGCCGCAGGAUUAUGAGAUGGUGGAGCUGUUCUUACGCAGGCUGCGCCUCUGGUUGGGCUUCAGCAAAGUCAAGGAGUUCCGCCACAAAGUCCGCUUUGAAGGGAUGGAGCCGCUGCCUUCCCGCUCAUCCAGGGGCUCCAAGUCUUCCCCCGACGCGGACGUGCCCCCGUGCAGUGCUGGCUCUGAUGCCUCACACCCCUCCACCUCCUCCAGCCAGCUGGACGGGCUGAGUGGGGGCCUGGGCAGGCUGGGGUUGAGGGGGGAGCCCGAGCCCGAGCCUUCCCGUCUCCAAGUCGUGUUUGAAGCUCUACUCACGCAGUUUGACCGGCUCAACCAGGCUACAGAGGACGUCUACCAGCUGGAGCAGCAGUUACAGAGCCUGCGAGGCUGCCGGAGCAGUGAGGCCCCUGCCUCACCUCCCCCUGGCCCCUCCCCAGGCCUGUGGCCAGCCCUGCCCAACCGCCUUGCCCGGGCCAGUCGAGGCAUGGACUUGGCUACAGGCCCCAGCAGGGUAUCCCUGCGGGCCAAGAACAAGGUCCACCCCAGCAGCACUUAGCCCCAGGGAACCUGGACUCAUGUCCCUUCCCUGGGGCAGGGCCUGUGGCUUUGCUCUGGCUCCUCAGGACCAAAGUGGACACCGUUCAGUAUUACCUUCUGCCGCCCUCAAGGUCUUGGGCCAGGCAGACAGCUGCACACAGGUUCCCCAGAGCAGGCAGGCUCUGUCUGUCUGUCUGGGAGCUUCAGCACUUUAAAGAGGCUGUGUGGCCAGCCAGGACCCAGGGUCCCCUCCCCAGCUCCCUGUGGGAGGACACAGCAGUAUUGGACUGAGGGCCCAGCCUCUGAGAUGCUAAUUUAUUUCCCAAGUCCUCAGGUACAGCGGGCUGUGCCCGGCCCCCUUGGGUAGCCAUCUCCCCAUGCUAAGGAUCCAGGCUUUGGGGAGGGCUAUUCCACACCUCCGUCCCCCUUCCCCUAAAUUAUUACUCUCCUGCUCCCUGCUCAGUGCACUCGCUUCCAGCUGCCUUCUCACUGUGUUUGUCAGUAAUUUAUGUGAGGUUGAAAUGUCUAUAUUUUUAUAUGUCACUAUUUUUCAUUAGGGCUGAGGGAUUUGGUGGCUGAAGCUGGGCCCUAUGCAUACUGUUGCCCACUAUGAGGGGGAGCAGGGACUGUAGAGCUCACCUCCCUUCCCCAGAUAUCUGCCACGACAUGGCUCUGCGGGUGUGGCCUGGUCUGGGGAAGCUACAGCUGUUUAUUGGAUCCGAGUCUGGCCUUGGGCAGGUGCUGGACACCACUGGAGGGCACAGCUGCCCCCAGCAUUCUCAUCACCACUGUGGCCCUGUUUCCCUCCCUGCCCGAGGCUGGGCAGCGAGAGGGCAGCACCUGAGCCUGCUGGUAUCAGGUCUGGGUGAGGAGUAGGACUAGUACAUGUCAAAGGGGAAGGUCUGUGUGUGUGUGGCAAAGACCCUGCAGUGGUUGGGGGAAAGACCUGUCCCAGGGGCUGGCUCCUGGGCUGGGGAAGGUGUGUGACAGAGUGAGAAUGUGCAUGAGAGGCUGCUCCUGCAGAUUGAGGCCUGGGCAGCACCAGUGCGACUGUCCCCAGGGGGCCCCUCGGAGCUGGCUACGCCUGCUUCUGUGGGCAUGGCUGCGGCCAUAGCCUCAAUCCUGUCCCCACAAAACAGACAAAGUCAAAUAAAGGAGCUGUCUGACUGCUA